AUGAAUAUUGGAUUCAGUAAAACUGCUUUCCUGUCACUUACUUUUCUUAUACAUUUGUUCUCUUUUUCUGUUCUGGUCUGUGCCUUGGACACCAUUACACCGUCUCUGUUGAUCAAAGAACCACAGACAAUCAGCUCAAAUAAUAGCAUGUUCACGCUUGGAUUCUUCGGGCCUGAGAAUUCCACAAAUGGCUACUUAGGAAUUUGGCUUAUGACCAAAUCCACUAUUGCUUGGGUAGCAAACAGAAAUGACCCGCUAGCAGAUUCUUCUGGAGUUCUCACAAUAUCAGAGAAUGGCAAUCUUGUUGUUUUGAAUGGGCAAAAACAGGUUGUUUGGUCAACAAAUGUCUCACAUAUCGCAUCAAAUUCCAGUGCUCAGCUCUUGGAUUCUCCCAACCUUGUACUCGUAGAUGGAAUUACUGGAACAAUGAUGUGGCAGAGUUUCCAACAUCCUUGUGAUACAUUAUUACAGGACAUGAAACUCAGUAGUAACCAACAAAAAGGUGAGAAAGUGAGACUCACAUCAUGGAAAAGUAUAUCUGAUCCAUCCUUAGGUGAAUUUUCUCUUGGCAUUGAACCCGCUUGUGUUACAGAAAUAAGGAUAUGGAAAGGAAAUCAUCCUUAUUUUCGGAGUGGUCCAUGGAACGGUAUAAAUUUGCUUGGAACACCUGGGCAAUCAUUUAUUUUCGGAAAUGGGAUUGAAGUGAGAGGAGAUGAAGGAAGUUUUAAACUAUCUUUUCAUGUGAAAGACAAGUCUUUUUUGAUGAUUUUUACAAUAGAUUCUCAGCGUAGAACAGAAGAACGGAUUUGGAAUUUCCAUGGAAAUAUAUGGGAAGUUGGGUGGAUAAUUGGGGAUUCUGAGUGUGAUAUUUAUGGCAAAUGUGGCCCAUUUGGGAUUUGCAAUAAGCGGAGCUCACCAAUCUGCAGCUGCUUGAGAGGGUUGGAACCAAAGAACAAAGAAGAAUAG